AUGUUUCAGGAAUCACUGACAUUCCAGGAUGUGGCUGUGGACUUCACCAGUGAGGAAUGGGACCAGCUGUACCCUGCUCAGAAGAACCUCUACCGAGAUGUGAUGCUGGAAAACUAUAGGAAUCUGGUCGCACUUGGGCAUCAACUUCAUAAGCCAGAGGUGAUCACUCAGUUGGAGCAAGAAGAGCAGUGGAUGAUGGAAAGAAACAGCCCGCUGGACACUCAUCCAGAUGGGGAAAGUAUACCUGAAGUCAAAAUAUUAACUCCAAACCAGAAUAUUUCUGAUGAAAAUCAAACCCAUGACAUGAUAAUGGAGAGACUAACAGGAGACAAUUUCUGGUACUCCAUUUUAGGAGGACUCUGGGAUUUUGAUUACCAGUUAGAGUUUAACCAAGAAAACCAGCAGAGACAUUUAGGACAAGUAUCUUUCACCCAAAAAAAGAUCACAAAGGAGAGAAGUUUUGAAUGUAAUAGAUUUGGGGAAAACUAUAAAAUGCACUCAAAUCUUAUUAUGCAUCAGAAAAUUUCUUCAAUUAAAAUACCCCUUAUUUCAGACACACAAGGAAAUAACAUCAAACAUAAUUCAGAAUUGAUUUACUAUCAGGGAAACUAUGUAAAAGAGAAUACUUAUGAAUAUAAUGAGUGUGGGAAAAUCUUCAAUCAACAUAUUCUUCAUACUAAUCAUAUUCAUACUGAAGAGAGACCCAGUGAAUGUAGGAAGGCCUUCAGCCACAACUCAUCAUUUACCCAACCUCAGAUAGUCCUUACAGGAGAAAAGCCCUAUAAAUGUGAUGAAUGUGGGAAAAGAUUCAGCCAGAGGAUACAUCUUAUUCAACAUCAGCGAAUUCAUACAGGAGAGAAACCUUUCAUAUGCAAUGAAUGUGGGAAAGCCUUUCGUCAACAUUCAUCCUUUAGUCAACAUCUGAGGAUUCAUACCGGAGAGAAGCCCUACAAAUGUAAUCAAUGUGGCAAAGCCUUUAGCCGUAUCACGUCCCUUACUGAACAUCAUAGACUUCAUACUGGAGAGAAACCUUAUGAAUGUAGUUUUUGUGAAAAAGCCUUUAGCCAGAGGACACAUCUUAAUCAGCAUGAGAGGACUCAUACAGGAGAGAAGCCCUAUAAAUGUAAUGAAUGUGAAAAAGCCUUUAGCCAGAGCGCACACCUUAAUCAACAUAGGAAAAUCCAUACUCGGGAGAAAUUAUUUGACUAUAAUAAAUGUGAGAAAGUUUUAAGCCAAACUACUUCACUUAGUCAGCAGCACAUAUCUCAUGGAGGGGGAAAUCAUAUGAAUAUAUAA